UAUAGAAUCCUACUAGACAGGAUAUUUUGAAAUAAAGUGCAACAAUUAUGUUUCAUUAGCAAUACCUUUUUGCAUAAGUGGCGGUAAAUUAAAAUUUUGUAUGAAUUUUGUAACUGCUUUAGUAUAAUUACUUUAUAAUUACUUGGUUUCCAUGGCAAGUGGUAUAUAAAUUUGUUUAUUUUAAUAACCUAAUAACCUAUUUAUAUGCAGUUGUUUUUGUAGUUAAAAACAAAAUAGUUGAAUAACAAAAACUUCAGUUGUAAGAAAAAAAAAUACUAUUAAAUAUGCCAAAUCAGAAAAAGAAUCAGAAUAAACGGACUCGUGCUUAUGUAGAAGAAGUUUUUCGCCAAAUUGAACAAAAACCAGAUGUAACCGAUAUUAUGAUACUCAACAAUAAGGGCAACCCGGUUAAAACGACUAUGGAGAACUCCUUAGCCAUACAGUAUGCUGGUCUCUAUGAAAUAUUACGCGACAAAGUUUGUAUGGGUUUACAGAAGAUGGAUGCGCGUAAUGAAUUAAUUAUGUUACGAUUAAGAACUAUUAAAAAUGAGACCUUAAUAGUUCCUGAUGGGAAAAUUACUAUAGUCGUAACACAAAAUGCCAAAGAUGGUUUUCAAAGUGCCUAAAAAUCUCUUUUAUUAAAAAAAAUGUAUAAUUAUUUGUAGUGGCCAUUUUUUUUAUUAAUAAAAUAUAUUAAAAAAUAAAAGUUUUUGUA